CAUAGAAAAGCUGAGGUAGCUUUCAGCUUCAGCACCAGUGCUAUUAUGAUGGAUGUUUACAUCUCUUCAUUGAGAGCCAAUUAUCUUGCUUCUGUGUGAGGCCCAAGCAUCACUCAUGCUGCCGGUCUGGAUACAACAGUAUUGGAUCUAGCUGAACGGAUAGCUCUUCUGUGUGUAUGAAUGAAACAGGACUUGUGAAAAUAAAAUAGUUAUCGGCAGUUAAGGUCUUCACAAAAUAUAUGCAUCUCUGCUUAGAACGACUAUAUUAUCAAAUACCUUGAUAAAAUGAGAUGUUUUCGAAAACGUUCCACAAUACCAGUCUUAGGAGUUCUAAUCAUAUGCCUGAUGUUCAUGAAUUUGUACAUUGAAGAUGAAUAUGUUCUGGAAGAAGAAGCUAAACAUCUUAAAGAUACAUCUACUCAUCCGCUGGGCUCAGAUCGAUAUAUUCACACAUUUAAGAAUUUAUCUAAUUUGUCCCCUUCCAUAAAUGUAAAAUACCGUAUUUUAGCUGGGAUGCCAUUAUCCAGAAAAAGAUACCUUACGAUUGGACUUUCUUCAGUUAAAAGGAAAAAAGGAAAUUAUUUACUAGAAACAAUAAAAUCUAUAUUUGAGCAGUCAAACUACGAAGAACUAAAAGAAAUCAUGGUAGUCGUUCACCUUGCAGAGUUUGAUUCCUCUUGGUGUGAAAGUAUUGUUCAAGAUAUAUCUCGAAAAUUUUCCCAUCACAUUAUUGCUGGUAAACUGACCAUUAUCCACACCCCCAUGGAAUUCUACCCCAUGUUAGAAGGUUUAAAAAGAAAUUACAAUGACCCUGAUGACCGUGUCAAAUUUAGAUCAAAACAAAAUGUGGACUAUGCAUUUCUUUUGAAUUUUUGCGCUAAUCUCUCUGACUAUUAUGUGAUGCUUGAAGAUGAUGUUAGAUGUUCCAGAAACUUUUUGACAACAAUAAAGAAAGUUAUAACUUCACGAAAAGGAUCCAGUUGGGUUACCUUGGAGUUUUCCAAACUAGGAUACAUUGGGAAGCUAUAUCACUCUCAUGACUUACCACGGCUAGCCCAUUUUUUGCUCAUGUUUUACCAGGAAAUGCCUUGUGACUGGUUGCUAAUCCAUUUUAGAGGUCUUCUGGCUCAAAAGGACACAAUUCGUUUUAAGCCAUCUCUCUUCCAGCAUAUGGGAUACUACUCAUCAUACAAGGGGGCAGAAAAUAAACUGAAAGAUGAUGAUUUUGAAGACGAUGCAUUUGACAUACCAGAUAAUCCAUCAGCAAGCCUAAAUACGAAUAUGAAUGUAUUUGAAAAUUAUGAACCUAUUAAGGCAUAUAGUAGCACUGAAGAAUAUUUCUGGGCCAAAUCACCUUCCAGUGGUGACUUCUACCAUAUUGCAUUUGAAAGACCUAUCAAAAUAAAUAAAAUAAAAGUCUGCACAGGAACUGAAGAUCGUCAGAAUGAUAUUUUGCAUCAUGGUACAUUAGAGGUUGGAGAACGAGUCAUUGGCAAUAAAAAAGGAAAAAAAUGUACAACUUAUCUCAGAUUAGGAGACUUUAAAAAUGGGAACUUUGAAAUGGAAAACAUAGAUCGAAAAGUCCUAUUUAAUAUUGACUGUAUUCGGAUUCUUGUGACUAAAAAUCAAAUUGAAUGGCUAAUUAUUAAAAGUAUUAGCAUUUGGACUACAGAGCCAAUGAACCAGUAAGUCGGUUUUCCUUCCUUUUGGAAGAAUGAAAUACAUUAUCAGCUGAAUGUUAACUGGUUUAUUUCCCUGAUAGACAAACCUUUUAAUAAAAGCUAAAAUGCCAAUGGCAGAUGGUGUGGGACAAUUCUGUUUAUAUCUGACAUGUCAUGCAAUAUUUAACAAUACCUGUGUUUCUGGAUGUGCUAGUUUUUAUAUAAAACAAAACAAAGUUUGGUUGAAAUUACUUGGUUAUGCAGUUUUAAAGGAAAUGUAAACUCCAAAAAAUGAAUUUGUUAAUUUACUAGCAUUGCUUCACUGAGUAUUUCAAUUUACACAUUUUAUAUUAAUUUCCUUACUUUAGCAGUUUCUUGCAUAUUAACAGUUUUAGAAAAAAAAUGUAUUCGUUAAUACAAGGUUUAUGGCUCAAUAGCUCUCUCAGAAAAUCAGCAACUCCAGGGUUUAGUACUACAGAAAGUGCUUAGACUCUUAGGGGCUGAUUAUUAAUUCAAAAAUCAUUCAUUCAAAAUCAAGAUUUUUGUAUGUAUUAUAUGUUUUAUCCAUUGAGAAUUUUAUUCUGUGCUUUCUACAAUCUACAUCUCGUUGGGUUGUAAAUAGCAAUAUUUUUAUUUCUUAUGAUUUUCUUUGUAAUAACAUUAUUGGCGAAUCAUAGCAAAAUGUGAUAACCAAAAUUGAUAAAUGGGAUUGAUAAAUAAGCCCCAUAGGGUCACUGACAUACUGAUCUUCAACGAGAGCAGCAACUUAAAAGUGUCAAGGAAACUAUCUCAGGAACCACUAAAAAUAGACAUUUUUGGGUUUAAUUGAUCAAAAAUCGAUUGUGAGGUUUUAGAAUUUUUUUUAUGCUUUGAAUUAACUCACAGU